UCAGACAUAUCGGACAUGGUCCUGUACGACGAGAGUGUCAUCUUUGACGCAGACGACCCAGACUUCGUCACUGGGGAGGACCAGAGAAGUAACAUCAAGACCAAGUUGGGGUCUAGCGUGUUCAGUCACAACUUGCCUUCCGGCUGCCUGCAUCUAGCAAUGUCUUGCGGAAUGGUCCAAACUGAUAAAUACUUUUCCUCCAGCAGUUGGGUGUCGAGAAGUGAAAGUAGUGAUUCGUUAACACGACUUGACCUGAUGAACCACGAGUAUCCUGCUCAUGUGGCAGAGCCCAUGAUGACCUUAGAAGACCUUCGUUCUCAGUUCAAUUCCUGUUACACUUGCGGAGUUAGUUGGAGCGAUAAUCACGUUUCUCUUGACUGCCGAGAGUGUGGAGGAUAUUCUUUAGAAAGGCCAUGUCCAUUGUGUGAUGGGAAAUGCCAUAGCUCUUGGCGAAGGGAUAUUUCAAUGUCACACAGUGUGGGCAAGGCACAUUGGGAAGGAGAAUGUGGCCUCUCCAGCGAAGAACGACCAGCUGUUCCCUCUUUCCUUGCCGAGGAUGUUUUGGUACAAGGAUUGGAAGACCUGUCAACGUCUUCAUGAGUCCUUGGUGAUGGAGGUUCCUACCAUAGAAUCUCUGCUGGGGUGGCACUACUAUAACAGCCUGGCAGGUCAGGUACACUUUACCUGCUGCAUUACUCACCUGUAGAAGUUGAACCAUGAUAAUGAUAAUCCUGGCUUUUUAAGUUUUAUAUCAGUGUAAUUUAUUUCAUCAUUGAUGCUUAAUGGCAGGUAAUCAAGUUGCUUUCUAAGAUAAAACCAUCCAAUUUAGUACAUAGAAUGUGAAAACCCUAAUCGUGGGGCCUGUAUAAAGAACCUAUUGUUAAUACAGUAUUUAAUUAAAUUGCUAAUUAAAUGCCAACAGAAGCUAACUUGAUACUUUGUCUAGAGUAGUCAGCGAUCGGAGCUUGAUAGACAUAAUUCGUACUACAACACGAAGGUGGUAUUUAUAUGAUGAAAAUAUAACCUUGUGUAUCUGUAGUGGGGCUGUCAUUAUCAUGUUUGUACAGCAAGAUUUUCCUGUCUUCAGUCGGUGCAAUACAAUAUUGCCAGACCUCCCAGAGUAUCAGGAGAAGACUACAAGUGGUGCAUGAGUGCAGCAAACCUCAAGUGCAUUAAACAGGUGCAGAGAUAUCAGAACUUUUGGAAAUAAAAUCUAAACUCCAAAACUGCAAAAGGAUUUAUAUCCUUCAAAUUUAUGAUGGCUUUAAAGCUUUGAAUUUGUGAUAGAAUCAUGUGAUAUUAGCCAGUACAAAAAAAAAAAAUUAAGGAUGUAUAAUAUCCAUUCUGAGGACAUUUGGUUGUGUAAAGAACAAUGGUUAUGUUCCAAAAAUGGCAAGAGAUGGGCACUAGCCACUAGUCUUUGAAUGCCACCAAUUCAUAGUUACAUUUCCUUUGGUGGUGAGGAUAGUGCCAUGCUAUAUGCAGUGUGAUGGGGUAUUGAUUAUCAUCGGCAAAGGCUGCAUGAUGACUAAUAUAAAGCUGUUACUAGUGUCUGUUUAUUAACCAGGAUGCAAAAAGAUCCUGCACCUGUUUAUAUAAUUUCUUUUGUAACUCGCCUGACCUGAUGAAAAGAGUUUCUACAUAGCCCAUAUUAAAAUCUUGCCAUGUAAACUGCAAAUUAUGAAGUUUAUUAGCUGCAAAAGUCAUAUUAUUCCCAUGUGAGAAAUUAUUCAAGUUCAUGUAAACUUUUUUUGUAAUUUGCUAAACUAUGCAAUGAAUAUAUUUUAGUUAGCUAUGGGCUAGUAGUGUUGCAUAACAAAAAAGUGGCUGUUAAAGUUUAAAUGUUCUAGAUGUACAUGUUCAAUUGAGUUACCUGCUUUCAUGGAAGCUUCACCAAUUUUUUAUAUGUAUUUACAAAUGUCUGAGUAUUAAUGACAGUAAAAUGCCUCCUUUUGCAGCAGCUGUAUUUUAGUUUUUGGUUAAAAACCUUUAAAUCUGCUCAUGUAAAGCUUUUGUAAAAUCCUGUAUUCCAAAAUUUUGUUUGUUACAUUUACCACAAGCAAAAUUAUUGCACUAGUUUUCUAUAGAUUAAUAUGCACUAUUCAGAAUUUUGCCAAAUGUUUGCAUAAUGUACAGUGCUUUGAAUUUAAUGAUGGUAUAUGGCAAUUGUUGCAGUUGAUAUAUAGGCCCGAGAUCAGUCUACUUUAACAUGGUGAAAAUGAUAGAUAAUGAAUUCUCUUUGUGAAAGUUUCAACGCUUAAAUAUAUUCACAUUUGAAAAGAUUAUUAUAAUGACAUUCUUGUAAUCUUGUGUGAAUUUAAAAAUGACACUUGCACAUACUACAAACAUGAAACUUAAAAAUUUCUCUAGGAAAGUAUUCGAUUUACGUACAAGGUACUGGGAGCUCUACUAAACUUCAAAGACAGUUGAUACUUUACUGACUUUGUUGGCAAAAAAAAAAAUUCAGUGAUAAGUCAAUAUAUUAGUGGACUUGCAAUUGCAUGGUUGCUGGUUUGGAGCUCCAGGAGUUCUUGCAUAAUUUGUUACUUUUGCAAUAUGGGAAAUUACCAAUGUGUAAAUUAAAUUUUCAACUAACUGCUGUAUACUACGUACAGAACUUAAGGCUGAAUUCUCAGUUAAAACUUGAACACAUUUGCCUUGUGACAUUCAGAUGUGCAACUUCGUGUUUUCAUUACCAUGAUUUGUAGACAUGUGUACACUUGGUUAUUUUUUUUUUUUUUUAAAUUGCUGUAUUACUACCAUAUACUGUAAUGUUUUUAAAUAUAGAGUAAAAUCUUAUUCAUGUGGUAACAAGACUGCCGUAUUGACUUUUGUGAUGCAUUUUAAAUGUUUGAAAAUUAUGAAUUCAUUUGGUCAUUAGCCAUUUAAAAGCUCUGAAAUUGUCACAUUAAGCACAUUCGCUCCUCCCAAUUAAAUAACCAUACUAAAGUUCUUAUACAUACCAUAACCUACAUGUUUAGGCUUUCAGUACCUGCCAUACUGUCAAAAAUUUAUUACAUGUAAUUAUAUACAACCAUAUAUAAAAAAUUGUGGCAAUCUGAGACAAGUUCCUUUUACCCUCAAUUUUCAGACAGAAAAAGGUUUCCUGAAGUACAGUAUAAAACUUUUCUGUAGUAUGAAAUAGGGUACUGUACAUAGCUCUCAAAAUAAGCUCAUGUAAUACAUCACUUUCACUAUCACACAUUCUCAAGGAGAUAAUUUUCAGGAAAUGAUCAUUUAUCAAAAUUUUGUUCAUUUAUUUCAUUACAUAAUUCAUUUGAUAUAUGUAUUUAUUCUACUAUAUCUUGGCUGUAAAUUAUACUUAUGCUGCAGGCUGUGUUAAGAAUCUUUUUUGUAAUAAAAUAAAUAUGAA